UAGUUGUCUUUUUCAUUCUCCUAUGCCUCAACAGGUGGCUUAAUAUUUUUGUUCAAAACAGUUUUGCCAGCAUGGCCGCUUGCAGUCUCGUUCAAUAUGUGGUUAUCCGAAGCGAUCUGAAAACGGUUCUACAAUGGCCGCUCGGAGCUUUAAUGGCGCAAGCAUGUCACGCUUGUACUGCAGUGACCCACCUUUUCUACCAAGAUCCAAACACUCAAACUUAUUUGGCUGACUUGGACAACAUGCAUAAAGUCGUGUUGGAGAUUGCUGAUGAACCAGCAAUCAAAGAGCUAGCAGAAAAGCUCACCGAAAAGAAGUUAGAUCACAAGUUGUGGACUGAACAACCAGAAAACAUCCCAACCUGUCUUGUCACCAAGCCUUACCCUAAAGCAGAAAUUCAAUCAUAUUUUAGGCAUUUAAAGCUCUGCAAGGGUUAAUAUAUAUCAGCAAAAAUUCUGCCAGAAUUUCCUACCCAUUUGGUGGUGGAAAAUGGGGAAAGAAGUGCUAAAAAUGAAUUAUUUUCAACCAAAAAUUUUCAUCAGGCUGUUUAUUUAUUUUUAUAUUUUUUUUACAUUUAAGUAAAAGUUGUUAAAAAAAGGUACAACGAAGUCAUCAGAUCAGGUUUUAUCAUCAGAAAGUCAUUUGUGAGCAAUGAAAAGUCCCCAAGCCUGAUCACCUUCACUGCAGCGUUUAACUUUGUCUUGCCAACCGGAUAAAAUAUCAUUAUAGUCCUCGGGCGAAAAUUCCUAAGGUCGGCAAAUAAAAUAGUAAGAUAGUGAUUGAAUCAUAUUAAAACAAAGCUCACUUUAAUGAAGUCCUCCUUUUGCUCGGCAAAACUUUUUGUCUCUUUUUGCAAGAUCUCAACAAAGUAAUCCGUAACAUCUUUGGCUUCCACUUCAUUGAAUCCAACUUUGGUAAAAAUACUGCCGUAGUCGACCACUGUCAGUAAAUGAUAACCACGUUGGGCGACAUAGCGUAAGAAGUGCUCAGAAUGUUCUUGAUCUCCACGGCAGUAGUCGGAAAUCAAAACUUUACCUCCAGGCCGAAGCCAUUU